AUUAUGUGGCUCGUCAUCGACUGAUAGCAUAUGAUGGCUAAAGGGCGCCGGAAACGGCAUUUUGUGUCUACACUGUUAAUAGUCGACGCUGAAAGCGAUACAUUAACAAGGACAAGCGACUCUCCAGAUACCGAAUUCGGUGCAAUAGAUGGCAGCAUAAAGCCAGGAAGGACAAACGUGGCAGAAAAUCGCAUUGCAAAGGUUAACAUGGAGUCGUUUGGGGCCCAAAGGUUGCUCUGGGUGCAACCGAAGCCGGUUUGGGAGACUGCAAAAGCUGUAGGUCGGCAUUGCAGCGUCUAAGCUCGGCUCAUUGGGUCAUCGUAACGAUCUUGCUGUUGAUUCGAGCAGAGUAAAUUAUUCUUUCUGCAUGUACUCAUAUAAAUAAGAUGUGCUAUAAAAUAUUUUGGCAUGAAGAUGCUGAUUUUGCUGCAUUUUGACAAACCUUACGAAAUGAUGAGGAAGUGAUCAGUGACAUUACAGGCGUUGGCGCAUGCGAUUGGAGAUUAAUCGCUGCACCGCCUUAUCAGAAGGUUAAAAAAUGGCUGGGCGGUCAGAUUCUUUGUGUUCGGAUUUCUACGCUACGAUGAAGGCAGAUCUCCCAUGGCACCACAAGUUCAGCUCCCUCCAAAAUCACCUUUUGUGUCACCGAACGAAAAGUUUGGCUACUGUAAAGAAAU